AUGUCUGAAAGCAUAGAGCAUUGUUCUUCUUCUGUCACUACUGAAGAUAACAAUGUAAGAAUUUUUAAAACACCCACUCAGCCUUUGCUUCCUAAAAUAUAUUAUAAUUCUGGAGGUGAUAAAGAGUAUAUGCCAUGUUGUUCUUCUGAAAACAAACCUUUUGUUGGAAUGAUAUUUGAUACCCUUCAAGAUGGUAUUGCCUUUUAUUACAAAUAUGCUAAUGAGUGUGGAUUUAAAGUCCGGUUUAGUACUACUAAAUCACAAAAGAAUAAGAAUGAUCCUACUGGUAAAGGAGUUACUAUAAUUAAAUAUUUAUUAUGUAGCAAAGAAGGGUAUGUGACAAAUAACAAGAAAUCUGGUAAACAAGUUGAAGGUGCUUGUUUAAAGAGAAAGACUGUGAAGAGAGUUGGUUGUCCUGCUAAGAUAAAAUUUAGGUUUUGUACUGGUGGGAAGUAUAUGGUGUAUUGUUUUUAUGAAUCUCAUUCUCACCCUUUUUCUACACCUAUUACUAGGCAGGUUACUAAACAUGAAGUUGGUUUAAAUUUUGCUCAUAAGAGGUUUAUUUUGGACAAUUCAAAGUUAAAUAUAGGGGCUGUUAUGUCUUAUAGGAUCAUGAAAGAAUUUUGUGGUGGGUUUCAAAAUGUCAGGGGCAGUAAAAAUGAUUUCAAAAAUUUUUCUAAGGACUUGAAAGUUUAUAUCUCUAAUGCUGAUGGUGCAUUGUUUGUUCAGAACCUUGAACAAAAAGUGAAAACCAGUAAAGGGGGUUAUUAUUUUGAUUACUGUGUUGAUGAAAGUAGGCAUUUGACCCGUGUCUUUUGGGCUGAUGCUAUUGGUAGAAGAGAUUAUCAAUUAUUUGGGGACUCUUUAUCUUUUGAUUCUACCUAUGAUACAAAUAAAUAUUCAUUGGUUUUCUGUCCUUUUACUGGUGUUGAUAAUCACAAGAGAUGUGUUACAUUUUGUGCUGCUCUAUUAUCUAAAGAAGACAUAGAUUCUUUUGUGUGGCUAUUUCAAACUUUUUUGAAGUGUAUGGGAAGAGAACCCUCUUGUAUUAUCACUGAUCAAGAUCCUGCAAUGGGUAAUGCCAUAUAA